CCGCCCAGCGCUUCGGAGCAAGCAGUGCUACAUAAGGCAGGCAGCAAUCCUUUCGACUUUACUUGAUUACUGUGCUUCUUUCGAGUCUGGUAUCCCAGCCGAGGCUUUGGCAUCUUGCCCAACCCAUACCUACUACUGGACUCCUACAACUUGGACGACUUCUCUCCCAGUGUCUUCAGCUGCUGCCUGGCCACCGGUAGCUCUUUUCACGAUGGCGAAUUCCCCACUGGGCCAGUUCACCUCUACGUUGGACUACGUCCUUAAAACCUACCCAAAUUGGAAAGAGACGGACUUCAGCAAACACUGCGAAACAUAUGGCAACUGGCUAACCGCAUACACCACUGCAUACCGAGGAGACAAAAAAGCCGUCUUGGGGCCUACAUUGGAAUUGACCCCUGGCUUCGUCUGGAUGGGCAUGCCCAAAAACUUCACGCACGCCGAUGGAAGCGUUUCCGAUCUUAGCGAUAUUGGGCUAAAUGGUGUCACCGAACUGAAUUCAUGGUUCUUGGGAAACCUACAAAAGACCGACGAAAAUGGCACUGCGCUCAAUGAAGAAUUUUUGUUUCAUACAAUUUUUGGACCCUUCGACAAGUGUACAGAAGAGUAUUGCAAGGCCAUCGGUUUUCUCGGUAAUGCCGACAUGACUGGCAUAGGCGUUAUGAUCACCUAUUACAUCGGCGCAGUCUUUGCAACUGCCUACUUGAUAGCAUUCACAAUCGAGAGGUUCAAGCAAGCGAAGAGACAACAUGCCUCGCGACAAGGCAUGCCCAUGCGGGCCGCCACCUUUGGUCACAUAGCUUCCAAACGCGUGCUCGAAGCGUUUCACGGCAGCUUCUUUGGAUACAUCACCGCUGCCAUGAUGCUUUCCGUGUCGAUGCUGGUCGCUGGAAUAUACAUCGCAGUCGACAAGAUCGACAAGAACAAGUUGCCAGUUGACGAGAGAGAAUCAUUCUUCGGCAGUGCCAGCAUGUACGACAUGUCACUGUCAAUGGCCAGCUGUGUGUUCAGUAUCUUCCCCAUCUUGGUUGGAUACUGCUUCAUGCGAGCCCCUGAACAGGGCCAGGGGGCUAACCACAAGAAAUGGCUUCGAAGGGCCGUGCUUUUUCUUGUCUGGGCUUUGAUCACGGUCGUGCUCUUUCUCUCUCCCAGAGGAGAGAUGGACUAUGAGGACCGCAAAUUGAAUCCCAAAAGCAUAUCGGAAUUUGAACGCAGAGAAUACGAGGCCACCUACAUAUGUGAUGCACGCGGAGGUAAAAUCUACUGGAACGUUGUGAAGGCAUUUCAAUUCAUGGUGAUUGGAGUACCUUUAAUAUGGUUCGUCGCCACCGUAUUUGUUUUCAAGGGAUUCGCCAUUGCGCGUUUCCGAGACAGUCCGACCCUGCAAAGACUGAGAAAGGGCUGGCAUCUAAUUCCUGCUUAUGCGGCUUUGUUGUUCAUGUGGGCGUCACUGGGUUUUCUCCAAUGGUACCGACAAAGGAUUAGAAACAGCUCUGGAAAGCUGGGUGACGAGUCGCAAUGGGGCUUUGGCCAAAUCCUCGCCCUCUUCGUCUGGGCUCCGACCAUUGUCGAGUUUGCCUACAUUCUCAUAUGGGGUCUGGAGGACAGCCUUCAGAGCCACAUGCCACCAAACCUCCAUCUCACGGUCGAACGCAAGUCCAGCAACAUCCAGCCUGGAAAUAUGGACUAUCACCAUGGCGAUGGUGUCACAACAAACAAUGACCAGCCUGAUUUCGAGGCCGGCGGCUACAAGAAGGUACCGGUCAUUACCUCGACAGCCACCACCGCGUACGACACGUCUUAUGUGAGCCCCAUGGCGACGCCUCAGCCAAUCCAGGUCCAGCAAGUCGCGAUCGCGGACGGAUUCUACGCCCAGGACGCGAGUGGCAACUGGGUCUUGGUUACCAAGGAGCAGGCUGCGAUGAUGCCUGGGUGUAUGCACGUUGUCAAUGGGAAGGUGGUUCCUUGAGGAGCAACACCGGACGCAUGUAUGUGCUCCGGAGUGAUUGAGGAUGCGUUUGGUUAUUUGAUGUUUAGCGUACGGCGUACUCGUCAGUGUUUUUUUUUGUUACUGCAUUGGAUAAGUUGAUAGUUAUACCCGAGUCGAUUACGUGCCUGUUGUGUUGCCGCACACGAUCUUCUUUCUGAAUUUACCAUAUUUUAAUGCCGA